GAUGCUUCUCUUUAUUUACAAACUCCUGCUUUUCCAUCAACUUCAUACAAAAGCAGAAAAGUCUCUUUGCCGAAUAAUGGGAGACUCGAAGUACCCACUGUUAUCCAAGGAUGGAGACGUAACUAUUGGAGCCCUUUUUCCAAUCCGGAGCACAGAGACAUUACCGUCAUUUGAGUUUACAAAAAAACCUCAGCUGCUAUCAUGCUCCAGUGUGAAUGUAAGAGGUUUUCGGAUGGCUCAGACAAUGACUUUUGCUAUUGAGGAGAUUAAUCAAAGUGAAAGCUUGCUUCCAAAUGUUUCUAUUGGCUACCAUAUUUAUGAUAGUUGUGGUUCAAGACUGUCUACCAUGAGUGCAACUAUGGCAUUGAUGAACGGUCAUGUGUUUGCAGUAGGGGAAAGAUGUGAUGGACAAUCUCCUAUACAUGCUAUCAUAGGAGAAACAGAGUCUUCUGCUACAAUGAUUCUGUCUAGAACUACAGGACCUUUUAAAAUUCCAGUAAUAAGUCACUCGGCUUCAUGUGAAUGUCUCAGUAAUAGGAAAGAUUAUCCUUCUUUCUUUAGGACUAUUGCUAGUGACUACCACCAGAGCAGAGCACUUGCAUACAUAGUCAAGCACUUUGGCUGGUCUUGGGUGGGAGCUGUGAACAGUGAUAAUGACUAUGGAAACAAUGGGAUGACAAUAUUUCUGAAUACAGCCCAGGAAGAGGGGAUCUGUGUGGAGUACUCUGUGAAAUUCUACAGAACAGAGCCUGACAAACUCCAAAAAGUGGUAGAGACAAUUAAAAAAAGCACAGCAAAAGUGAUUGUUGCUUUUCUUACUACUUCUGAGAUGUACAACCUACUCAAGCAGCUAAAUAUUCAAAACAUUACAGGCCUCCAAAUGAUUGGUGUUGAGUCAUGGAUAACGGCAAAGAGUUUGAUCACUCCAAACAGUUUUCAUGUGCUAGGAGGCUCAUUGGGGUUUGCAGUAAGAAAAGUUGAUAUUGAAGGUUUUUCAGAUUAUGUUAUAAAAGCAUUCUGGAAAACAGCUAUUCCAUGCUUACGAACUGAAAAAAAUUCCUCUCAAUAUGCGUUAAAUUGUAAUGUAUAUCAAGAUCUGCUUGCGCUGAAAAACUACAAUGAAGAUGUGCCUGAACAAAGAUAUGCAAGCAAUGUCUACAAAGCAGUUUAUGCAGUGGCUCAUUCACUGCACAGUCUACUCAAGUGCAAAGAAAUUAAGGGCUGUGAAAAAGACCUUAAAUUACAAUCACAGCAGGUUGUUGAGGCUCUAAAAAACGUAAAUUUUACUGUAAAGAUGGGUGAUCGUGUGUGGUUUGACAGCACUGGUGGCGUAGUAGCCCAAUAUGAAGUUGUAAACUGGCAGAAGGACUCUGAUGGAUCAGUCCAGUUUAAACCAGUAGGAUACUAUGAUGCCUCACUGCCUCCUGACCAGCGCUUUGUGCUCAACACUGAAAACAUAAUCUGGGUUGGAGGACAGCUGGAGAAGCCAAGAUCUGUGUGCAGUGAGAGUUGCCCUCCAGGCACUAGAAAGGCUACACAGAAAGGAAGACCUGUCUGCUGUUAUGACUGUAUUCCAUGUGCAGAAGGAGAAAUCAGUAAUGAGACAGAUUCAAAUAACUGCAAGCAGUGUCCAGGGGAAUACUGGUCUAAUGCUGAAAAAAAUAAAUGUGUGUUAAAGGCUGUAGAGUUUCUGUCAUUCACAGAAGUUAUGGGCAUAGUGCUAAUCUUUUUCUCACUGUUUGGAGUUGGAUUAACUGCACUGGUAGCCAUUCUGUUUUACAGUAAGAAGGACACCCCUAUAGUAAAAGCCAACAACUCAGAGCUGAGUUUCCUGCUGCUCUUCUCAUUGACUCUGUGUUUCCUCUGUUCACUUACUUUCAUUGGUCGGCCCACUGAGUGGUCCUGUAUGUUGCGCCACACAGCAUUUGGAAUCACUUUUGUCCUCUGUAUCUCUUGUGUUCUGGGGAAAACAAUAGUUGUGUUAAUGGCCUUUAAGGCUACACUUCCAGGAAGCAAUGUCAUGAAAUGGUUUGGACCUGCACAACAACGACUCAGUGUUCUUGCCUUUACACUUAUACAGGUUCUUAUCUGUGUACUUUGGUUAACUUUAUUUCCUCCAUUUCCCUACAAAAAUAUGAAAUAUUAUAAGGAAAAGAUUAUUCUUGAGUGCAGUCUGGGUUCUACUACAGGUUUUUGGGCUGUCCUGGGUUAUAUUGGCCUGCUGGCUGUUUUGUGCUUCAUUCUGGCUUUUUUGGCUCGCACACUGCCUGAUAACUUCAAUGAAGCCAAAUUCAUCACAUUCAGUAUGCUCAUAUUCUGUGCUGUAUGGAUCACGUUUAUACCAGCUUAUGUCAGUUCUCCUGGAAAAUUCACUGUAGCUGUAGAGAUAUUUGCCAUUUUAGCGUCAAGCUUUGGUUUACUAUUUUGCAUAUUUGCACCAAAAUGUUACAUUAUCCUAUUCAAACCUGAGCAAAAUACAAAACAACAUAUGAUGGGAAAAGUACCACCUAAGUCCUUUUGA